AUGAGAUGGGGCGUCUACCAGGGGCCAUCAACCAAGUUACGUUUCUACAUCAAACAUUAUUUUACGCUUCUCCGGACUUAUUGGCGAGACUAUAAGUACAAAUUUCCAGAAUUCACACAGAAUUUUUCACUUUUUAUUACGUAUUUUGUCUUAUGAAGACAUCAAUAGAAAAUUUCAUUUAUCUCCUUAUUUUCAUGAACAAUACCGUCUAAGUAAUGACUUGAAUAAAUAAAUGAGUUAAUAUUUCAUUAUUAAAAAAAAGGCAAAAACAGAUUGCUUUAUAGAAAUAUAUACUUAUUGUGCAGAAGUUUUUUGGUUUCUUAAUUGGUAUCUGUGUGUACACCUACUUAUCGAAGCACCGCGCGCUAUAGGCACCUACCUAAUGUCUUCAUUAGAGAUCGUGUCAAUACGCUCCCGAUAGCAGGGAUCAGUGAAUGUUUAGUCCUAUUAUGUAACAGGACACGGAGGCUCGUGUAUAUUGUAAGUGGAUAGCGCAGGCGCGAGUCCGGAUGGCGCGCGGGGGUGAGGCCACGGCAGUCGGCCCUCGGCGUCUGGAGGUGCUUCGCGCUUCGCGCCGCGCCCCAAACAGCCGGAGCGUGGCUCGGGGCGUGGCGCUUACGUAAACACGCGUGGCACACAGCUCGUGGUGCAGGCGGCGCGGUGCCGCGCCACUGUCCGUCCUAGAACGACCCCAUGUUGGCCCGCGCCGCCUCCUAAGUUUAUGUGGAUAGUUAGACGCACACCGACGCGCGGCCGCCGCUGCCACUGUCACCACCGCCGAUUAACGCGCUUAUAGCAUCAAAAGUGGAGAUGCAGACGCGCGCAGCUCUUAUGGCCCUGGCGGCGCUGGGAGCGCUGGCGGCGGCGGCGGCACUGGCGGCGGCAGCGGAGCGAGGCAGCGGUAUCAAGGUGGGCGGCGGCGGAGCGGGCGGUGGCGCUCGCGACGCCGGCCGCGGCAGCGGUGUUCGCGUUGGUGGAGACGGGCAGCGACGUCCGCGCACAUCACCCGCACCGCCCCCGCCGCGCGCUCCUUCCACGAUUACAGCAGCGCUUGUUGUGCCACACAAAGCCUUCGGCACGCGUGAUUAUACGAAAGCCGAAAAGGCCGCGCUAUCGAAAUUACCGCGAAAACUAAAACUCUUCUCACACGUGCGCCUAAAUAUUACGCUUUCAACGCAAGGCUUGACACCGAGUCCUAUGUCAAUCCUGGAUUCGCUCUGUAAAGAAUUUCUAGCCGUCAAUGUGUCUGCUAUCCUCUAUCUUAUGAAUCAUGAACAAUACGGGCGUUCUACUGCCUCUGCACAGUAUUUUCUACAACUCGCCGGCUAUCUUGGCAUACCGGUAAUCGCGUGGAACGCUGACAAUAGCGGCCUUGAAAAGCGAGCAUCACAUGCAUCUCUGCGUCUACAGCUUGCUCCUUCAAUAGAACAUCAAACGGCAGCAAUGCUGUCGAUAUUAGAACGAUAUAAGUGGCAUCAGUUUAGUGUGGUUACAUCGGCGAUCGCAGGCCAUGACGAUUUUAUACAGGCUGUACGCGAAAGAGUUAUUGCCCUCCAAGAUCGAUUUAAGUUCACUAUAUUGAACGCGAUAGUAGUAAAACGGUCUUCGGAUCUGAACGAGCUUGUGACUAGUGAGGCUCGUGUAAUGCUCCUGUACGCAACGCGCGAGGAAGCCGCGGAAAUCCUGUCUGCUGCUGGUGACUUGCAUCUGACUGGCGAAAAUUUUGUAUGGAUUGUCACACAAAGUGUUCUUGGUUCCAUGCAACAACCUAAUAAAUUUCCGGUCGGGAUGCUUGGUGUGCAUUUCGACACAUCCAGUUCGUCGUUAAUCGCUGAGAUAGCGACUGCUGUCAAAGUCUUCGCGUACGGAGUUGAAUCUUAUGUAUCAGAGCCAGAGAAUAUACGAUACCCGUUGGGAACUCGGCUGUCCUGCAGCGGAGCGGGCGCAGGAGAGGCGCGAUGGUCAACCGGUGAAAGGUUUUACCGACAUCUGCGCAAUGUUAGCGUUGAAGGUGAAGCUGGACGUCCUAGUAUAGAGUUUACACCUGACGGAGAACUGAAAGCCGCGGAACUUAAAAUAAUGAAUCUUCGACCUGCCCUGGGUGAACAGCUGGUAUGGGAAGAAAUCGGUACCUGGAAUUCCUACCCAAGGGAGAGGUUGAUCAUCAAAGAUAUAGUAUGGCCGGGUGGCUUGCAUACUCCACCGCAGGGAGUACCAGAAAAGUUUCACAUGCGAAUAACAUUUCUAGAAGAACCGCCAUACAUUAACUUGGCUCCACCGGACCCAGUGAGCGGCAGAUGCUCACUAGACCGGGGCGUUAUUUGUCGCGUGGCUCCUGAAGUGGAAGUAGCAGGAUUGGAGGCUGGAGCUGCUCACGGCAAUAGUUCUUUGUACCAGUGCUGCAGUGGUUUCUGUAUAGAUUUGCUGCAACAACUGGCGGAACAGCUGGGGUUCACGUACGAGCUUGUUCGAGUUGAAGAUGGAAGAUGGGGAACUCUACAUCAUGGAAAAUGGAAUGGUCUUAUUGCAGAUCUGGUCAACAAAAAAACUGACAUGGUACUAACAUCUCUGAUUAUAAAUUCGGAUAGAGAAGCUGUGGUGGAUUUUAGCGUGCCCUUUAUGGAAACCGGCGUUGCCAUCGUAGUCGCAAAACGGACGGGUAUAAUUUCUCCCACAGCUUUCUUAGAACCAUUCGACACGGCCUCGUGGAUGCUGGUGGGAGCUGUUGCUAUACAAGCAGCCACAUUUUCGAUAUUUUUCUUCGAGUGGCUCUCCCCUAGUGGGUUCGAUUGUUCUACUGGCAACAAUUCCAAACGAGUGCCGCAAAAUCGAUUCUCACUAUGUCGAACUUAUUGGAUUGUCUGGGCAGUACUUUUUCAGGCGUCAGUGCACGUAGAUUCACCUCGAGGAUUCACCGCCCGGUUUAUGACAAACAUGUGGGCGAUGUUUGCAGUGGUAUUUCUUGCGAUAUACACUGCUAACCUCGCUGCCUUCAUGAUCACCAGAGAAGAGUAUCAUGAAUUAAGUGGCUUAGACGAUCCAAGGAUAGCGAGGCCACUUACUCAAAGACCACCAUUGAAAUUUGGAACAGUACCUUGGUCUCAUACAGACGCAACUCUCGCAAAAUAUUUCAUGGAGCCACACGCCUACAUGGCUCAAUACAAUCGGAGUACAGUUAGUGCAGGAGUCACCAGCGUUCUGACUGGCGAACUCGAUGCUUUCAUCUAUGAUGGCACUGUCUUAGACUAUCUAGUAUCACAAGACGAAGACUGCAGACUUUUAACUGUAGGUUCGUGGUACGCCAUGUCUGGUUAUGGCCUAGCAUUUACACGUAAUUCUAAGUAUGUCAGUAUGUUCAAUAAGAGAUUACUUGACUUGAGAGCUAAUGGGGACCUUGAAAGGUUACGCAGAUAUUGGAUGACGGGGACAUGUAAGCCUAACAAGCAAGAACACAAGUCAUCGGAUCCCUUGGCUUUGGAACAAUUCUUGUCAGCAUUUCUGCUGCUUAUGGCUGGCAUACUUCUCGCAGCGCUAUUGCUGUUGCUCGAGCAUGUCUACUUCCGAUACCUCCGCUCACACCUAGCAGCAUCGUCUGCGGGAUCCUGCUGCGCGCUGGUAUCACUAUCUAUGGGACAAUCUUUAACAUUUCACGGUGCCGUUGUUGAGGCGGCGGCACGUGGAUUCGGGGAGCGGAGUCAUUGCCGCUCUGCAGUUUGCGCUGGUCAGGUGUGGCGCGCUCGGCAUGAGCGCGAUAUGGCCGUUGCUCGCGCGCGGCAGCUGGCGGCGGCGCUGGCGGCACACGGGCUGGCCGCGCCGCCGCGCCGCCUGGCCUCAGCGGGCGCGCUGCUGGCCGGUGGCCGCCACGACGCCACGCACGUGCGCACGCUGCGCCCGCCGGCAGACCUGCUGCCCGACCUCGACCGACCGCUCUCUUGCGGGGAUUUACGCGCAAGAGAACGGACGCGAGUAGAAAUGGAAACAGUGCUGUGAGGCGCGUAUAGCGCCACCUUUUUUCAAUUCCUGAAGGCUGUUCUUACACCAAGUUAUACAAAACGAAAUUAGUUAUACCUAAUGUUAAAAUACGGACAGAUAAAAAAACGUUGUAAUUAUUAAAUAAACUAUUACAAUUAUUAAAACAGAGAGCUGGAUGUAGAUAGCAAAGCGUUGUUGUGGGACGCGCGCACGGAGGAGGCUGGACCCCGAGCGCGUGCCCCCGUGUUGUCUACUACAAUAAAAUAUAUUUUUUGGACAA